GUCACAGGGGUGGAGGCGGCGGCUGAACGGGUCCGGAGCGCCGCCAUGGAGAGCGCGAGUCAGGAUAUCAGCCUUAACUCUCCCAACAAAGGUCUGCUCUCGGAUGCCAUGAUGGACGUUCCCGUGGACAGCGCGGCCGCAGCGAGGACAGCAACGCCCGAGGGGCUGAGUGCUGCUGAGGAGGAGGAGCUGAGGGCUGAGAUCGCCAAGGUUGAAGAAGAAAUUGGUACUCUCAGACAAGUUCUGGCUGCUAAAGAGAGGCACUGCGGAGAGCUGAAGAGGAAACUAGGUUUGACUCCCUUGGAUGGGUUGAAGCAAAACCUGUCUAAAAGCUGGCAUGAUGUACAAGUCUCCAACGCCUAUGUGAGAACAUCUGAGAAACUUGGAGAGUGGAAUGACAAAGUGACACAGUCUGACUUUUAUAAGAAGACCCAAGAAACCCUUUCCCAAGCAGGACAGAAGACUUCAGCAGCCCUUUCCAAUGUAGGUUCUGUUAUCAGCAGGAAACUUGGGGACAUGAGGAAUUCUGCAACCUUCAAGUCAUUUGAAGAUAGAGUUGGGACCAUAAAGUCCAGAGUGGUGGGCAGCAGGGAAAACAGCACUGAGGGCCUCCAGUCCCCCUCAGCUGGAGACAAGCCUCCACAGGACAACGCUCCUUUCUAGACCUUCUGUGUGGCUUUGCACAGCUGUGCACGACCCCAAGAGCAAGCCUCCUCCCUCCCAAAUCUUCACAACAGCAACAACAUGCAAAUCCAUGAAGGGGCUGAGAGCCAGUCUGGAGAGAUCCAUAACUCAUUCAUAGACACUGCUGCUGGAUCUAAGUCAAAUAAAGAGAAUGCAAAGUUUUGUACACAGAUAAUAUUUUACACUAAAGUUUGUAGAUGAAUUGUAUCACUGUGCUGUCCUUUUGGGAGAGCACUGAAGAUGGAGUUUCCCUAAAGUAGCUCUGAAAUGCCACUGGUGUAGAAAAAGCAUUUUUUUUUGCUGCUUCUCUUGUCUCUUGGAACAGUUAAAUUGCCAUGAGCAGCGUGAGGAGGGCAGUUAGAGGAGAAACCGAGAGGAGGGGCAUCUUAGCUUCAGCUUCUGGCUAUGUUCUCUGUUCAGGGCUUGCCACGCAGCUACUCUCCGAUCUCCCAGGCUUCUCCUAUUACUGCUUCCUCUAGUUCUCAUUGAAGCAGUCUGUUAAAUGGGGCAAACAGUUGUUUUUCUGGGCUUCCUAGAGGGAAACUUCACUUAGCAGCUGCCUCGUUGUUACACUAAUGCUCUAGCUUUAACAAAACUAAGAUUUUUAUUUUUAAAUGCAAUGAACUUUAAGGAAAUAAAGCUUAAAAACAAAACAAAACAAAAAAGCUUUGGCAUCAUAUUAGGGAAAUGCUCCCUUGGACUCUGAAACUGAAUUGCAAGCCUUACAUCACCUUAUGCUUUACUUGUUUAUGUUUUUUUUUCUAUAGAGAAGACUGUAAGGGUUAUAAAGCUGGAUAUUGAGCACUGGAGUUUUGCAUCAUACAGUAGUAGCAGCAUGCUUGUGAGCCAGUUUUUGUGUAAACUUUCAGUGGUGCACUCUAUUGCCCGGGUGUAUAAAACUUGCUUCUCCCUUCUCAGCUUUGGUUCUUGGAGGAAAAGAAAUCUGAAGGCUGCUCUCAACAGGGCCAGGUUUAAAGAGGACAAAGCUGUUGCUAGCAGUCCUGUGCUGUACUGGAAGGACUCUGCUCUCUGUGGGCCACUCCGUCUGGUAUGUCUGACUGACUGUGUGGGUUUUUCAGCUGAAAGCCCCAGCUGCAACCUUGGUUUACAAAACCAGCAGGGAGUCACAGAGCUCACCGGCUCCCAGAGUGGAUGGUUUGCUCUUUUGAUGCCCAACUUCAUUGCUCGGGAGCUGAGAAGUUGUGAGUUGUCUUACAGAGGCCUGAGCUUAUUCUAGGCAAGGUACCUCCUAAUAGCAGCACCUAGAGUGAGCGAUUCUGUGCCUUAGAGGCCAAGUGGGACUUAUUCAGGUCUUUAGGCUUGCCUAUGUACAUAACUGGUAGCUUUAGUGGUUUAUCACCCAAGGGAUUGGACUGCCCGACCCUUCCUUAGAGAAGCAAGUUUUGACACUUUUCUGCUGAUUAAUCCCCACGUCCCCCAUCCCUGCUCCCCUCCCGACCUGGGGACCCGCAGUGUGAGUAGCAGGCAGAUGUGCUAGCAGUAGGUGGAGUGGUGUGGAGUGUCGUGUCCCAGCCUGCCCUGUCUGACCAAAGCUGGCCUCCGUGCGAGGAGCAGAGGCGGUGAGACAGGCGCUGCUGGAGAUCGGGUCUGGAACUGUUUCUCUUCACAGAUCAAUUCUGAGGAAUCUUGUCAAUAAAGCAUUCCUUUGGGAGAAAA